GUAGUCUAUAAACCACACGGGACCGAAGUCAAAAGGUAUAUUUAUAGAGCAACGUUGCGAACGUCAUUCGUGUUGGGAUGUUAAUACGCGCGACGAACUGCAAUCAGUAAUAUUUUUGACGAUACAGAAUUAUAAUUGCUCCGAUCGAUUUUACAGAUGUCACAUACGAACAAACCCACCAGAACGGUAAAUGUUCCGCCGGUAACUGGUUUAAGCCAUCAGAGAACCGCUGCCCGGAAUUCCAGCGCGAUUCUGGUGGGUUCGCAAUACAAACUCGGCAAACGCAUUGGUAAAGGCAACUUUGGAGAGGUGCGCCACGGGAAAAACAUGAAAAACAACCAAGACGUUGCGAUUAAAACAGUAUUUUAAUUAUCGUUGAUUUUUAUUUAUUUUUCUCCGGAUUAUCGUCAUUCCUGUACUCGUAUAAUGCUAUUUUCUAUAUUGUGUCGAUAUAUUUCGUGUUCUUUAAACGAACCCGUAAAAACGAAAAUGCCACAGCUUAACCUCGAAUUCCAAGUGUAUAAAUUGUUGGGCGCCACGAAUGCAUUGCACACAAUGAACGGAAUACCGAAAGUUUUCCAUUACGGAUUAGCCGAAAAAAAGUACAACGCUCUGGUUCUAGAACUUCUGGGCCCGUCGUUGGAAGAUUUGUUCAACAUUUGUAAUCGAAAGUUUACUUUGAAAACUAUUAUGAUGAUCGGUAUACACACGCUGCGCAUAAUAGAAAUCGUGCACGACAAAGGAAUAGUAUACAGAGAUAUCAAGCCUGAGAAUUUCGUCGUCGGCCAGGAAUCAAUGAAAAACACCAUUUACAUAAUAGAUUUCGGAUUGGCCAAGUCGUACAUCGAUCAAAUCACGAAAAAACACGUACCUUACCGAGAGAGGGUGAAUCUCACGGGGACGGCCAGAUACAUGAGUAUGAACACUCACCUCGGAAAAGAACAAAGUCGUCGCGAUGAUUUGGAAUCACUCGGCCACAUGUACAUGUACUUGGUGCUAGGUAGUCUGCCCUGGCAAGGGCUAAAAGUAAAUAAUUCGAAAGAACGAUUUCAGAAAAUAUAUGAAAUUAAAAAGAAAACACCGAUCAGUAUCCUCUGCGACGGACACCCAGAAAUGGCUGAAUAUAUGAAUUACGUCAGACGUCUGGGGUUCAACGAAACUCCAGAUUACGUUUACCUCAGAAACCUUUUCAUCACUGCUCUUCAUAAAAACGGAUUUGAAGACGACCAAUGCUUCGAUUGGAAGGACAAACCAUUGAACUCGAGCAAAACGUAAUAUCCGAAUAUGGUAAUACAGUGAAAUAUUUAAUUUCACUAUAAACCGUUCGGAUAGACGCAUUGAAAAAGUUUAUCUGUUAUUUUACCACUUAUGGAUUACUCAAAUCUGCACAUAUUUUUAACUAUUUGUUACAAUUCAAUCUAAUAUG